AUGUUCAGCACCAACUUCGAGGACUACUGUGACUUCAAUGACAGCAUCUGCAGCAACGACUCCGGUAUCGACAGGUCCUACACGGAUUCCUUCAUAAACUCCACAAAUAACACGCCUGUAAAACAUAAUUCCUCAGACCUUGGGAUAUCCCUCACACCUACUAAAGAUGUAAGGAGAAAACUAUUCAGCGAUGAAUAUGAUUCCUUCCAAGACACGGUAGACGAUGUCAAAGCUUUUGAAGAAAAUAUUUUACUAACAAACACAUCGACGCCUAAGAAAGAGAAGAAGCCGAAAGAUCCCAACAAGCCUAAAAGGAAAUACGCAAAUGGAAAGAACAGAAUCUCAAGAUGUAAAAGUCCCACGCAACUUAUGAAGAUAAAGAGAAAUAGACGGAUGAAGGCUAAUGAUAGAGAAAGGAAUAGAAUGCACAUGUUGAACGAAGCCUUGGAUAGAUUACGCUGUGUACUGCCCACGUUCCCUGAAGACACAAAGCUUACCAAAAUAGAAACACUACGAUUCGCCCACAACUACAUUUUCGCUUUAAGUCAAACAUUAGAAUCUUUGGACAAUAUCAAUUCUGGAGAAGCGACACCAGUAUCAGACUAUGAGAAGCUACAAAAUUAUUCAAUGCCGGGUGAAAAGGUUGCAAAAGAUGCUUUCAGAGAUAUAUUCCUAGUUCCAAACAAACCCGACGGGUGCAACGAUGGCAGUUACAGAAACUUCCAAGGGUUUAGCAGACCUUUUCCAAAUGGGUCUAACUUUAUGCAAACGACUGAAGGUGUGCUCAUAAAUGUUGGCAAUGUGACUGUGUCUGUGAACAAUAAAGGUGGAAAUUGUAUCACGUCCACUACUGGAACUGGUUUCUUCACUCAUCCUUCUAGCUUCGGAGAAGAUAUGAAUCAACAAGCAUAUCAGUAUCAAAGGUAUGAUACUUCAUAUAAUGAAAGUACUUAUGAAGCAAAUAAUGUCAACGGUGAAUAUUUUAACCAGAAAAAUUACGAAAUAUUCAGAAACGCAUUUGAUACAGCUAAGAAUAGAAAAAUUGAGAAGACUGAAGAUUAUGUUUAUGGAAAAUAUAAUAAUUCUAUGUACGGAUAUACUGAAACUAAUUGUUACAAUGGAAAUACUAAUGAAUAUUUACAAAAUAGCUAUUAUUAUAAUGAUCAAAGAUGUUACAGAAACUUUUAUAACAGGGCCCCUAGUGUUGUGAACGCUCAAAUAUAAUGUAUUAAAAUCUAGUCACUAUGUACAAAAUAU